UUGUCAGUUAGGAAAAAGGUCCAAGAUAAGCCUGGUGGUGGAUUUCGCGUCAGGUGAAAAACGCAGUGUCCUGUCAGACGUUAAAAGUUAUUUUUGCGUAAUCAAACAAGACCGUAAAUCGUAACCGUUCUUGUAGUGUAUUCAAAUAUUAAACUAGACGCUACUGUUUAUUUAUUCAACCAAAGAGAGAAAACAUGAAGAGUUUGAAGUACCGAUUGAAAAAGCAUGAAGUUACCAUCACCAAUACAGACUGGAAUAAGUAUGAUGACCGGCUGAUGAAGGCAGUGGAGAGGAGGGAGGUCGACAAGGUUGCAGCUGUGCUUGGCAAGAAGGGCAUCAUCCCAACCAAACUCGAUGUAGAAGGGCGAUCUGCGUUUCAUCUUGCUGCCACCAGAGGACAUCUCGACUGCCUGAAUCUCAUUCUCAAUCACGGCGUGGAUGUUACAGCCACAGAUGCCACAGGAAAAAAUGCCUUACACCUGUCAGCCAGAAACGGACAGUCACUGUGUGUGCAGAAACUGCUCCAGCACAAUUGCCCAGUGGGAAAUGUGGAUCUGCAGGGAAGAACAGCUCUGCAUGAUGCUGUUAUGGCCGGCUGUUCCUCCAGUGUUAAGCUGCUCUGUGAUAGUGGGGCAUCAGUUAAUGCCAGUGACUUUGAUGGUCGAACCCCAUUGGUGCUUGCCACUCAAAUGUGCCAUCCACACAUCUGUCAGUUGCUGAUAGAGCGAGGAAGUGACAUCACAGUUAAAGACAAACAGAAUAAGUCUGCACUGAUUUUGGGUUGUGAGUAUGGUUGUAAGGAUGCUGUGGAAGUUUUGUUGAAAAAUGGUGCUGAUGUCACUGCUGUGGACUGUUUCAACCAUGACAGUUAUCAUUAUGCACGUCUCAGCAAAAACCAGGAGCUUGUCUCUCUUGUCAGGAGUUACCUGGACACUGCCAAUAAAGCAAAAGAGGCUGCCAAGAAGGAACAGAGAAAGAGACAGUUGUCAGCUGUGGAGAUGGUCUCUCAAUCGUCUAACCAAGAAAAGCUCAUUCAGGACCUGGAGAAGCAGAAUGAGAGUCAGCAGGAGACCCUAAAGAAGUUCCAUCAGGAGCAGAGAACACUGCUAGAUAAAGUUAGCAAGCUUCAGCGGCAGCUAAGCCAGGAAAAGACAACAGUGGAAGGCAUUAGCAAAGAGAAGGAACAACUGAAGCUUCUACUCUCUUCCAAAGAGAAGGAGGAAGGAGCCAAAGCCACAGAUACUGUAAGAGUCCAGCAGCGGAGCCAUUUGGGGGAUUACCCUGGACAGUCCGUGAUCAAAGGAAAAGAACAUUUACUCCUUCAAAAGUCAUACAGUUUGGACUCCGCUCAGAUCGUGCCUCCAGUACAGUCUCGAUCUGUAACUCGACCCUUGGAGCUGUCUCAACCAGUAGCCGACGACCCAGAGACGUUACGUCAAGAGCUUGAAUGUGUUCGCAGACAGCAAGAGGCUGCACAGAAGGAGGUGGCCCGCCUCCAGAAGACUCUAUCAAACAAGUCAAAGGAGUGCGAGGAACUGACGAAGAAGUGCGAGACCAUCAAGCGCGAGUCAGACCAGCAGGUGCAUGAAUUGGAGGAAGCAAUGGGAGAUGUGCAGAAAAGAAUGUUGGACUCAGAGGGAAAGAUGAAGCAGCUUCAAGCUCAUGUGGUGGCAGUAAAGGAGCAUCUUAAUAAUCAAGCUGUCGAUGACCUCAAAGCACAGCUCAAUGAGGUCAAGGCGAAGUAUGAGGGAGCUUCCUCUGAGGUAGGAAAGGUCAGGAACCAUCUAAAGCAGAGUGAGAAAGCCUUGGAGGAGUAUAAGAAAAGUGAAGGGCUAUUGGCCGUGGAGGUUGAGAGGCUAACUGCAGAGCUAAGUGCACUGAAACAGGAGCAUAAGGACAAGGAAGAGACUCGACUAAAAAUGGAAAGUCAGGUGAAAACUGCAGAAGCCAGGCUGACCUCAAUGGUUCCAGGAGAAAAGUUUGACAACAUGAAGAACCUUCUCACCAAUGCGGUGGAUGAAGAGCUGCAGUUGGCAGAGUUGAGGGAAGAUUAUGACCGUGUACUGGAAGAAGUGGCAGAGCUCCACCGCGCAAUGGACGACCGGAAAACUGUCCCCCUGCAAGAGCAUGAACGAGUCUGCGCUUCUCUGGAGGAGCAAAGCUCAGCCCUGAAGAACAAACUUGCUGAUGUCACUGCAAAGUGUCAGUCAUUAAUCUGUGAGUUGGAGGAAAGCGAGGAUGAGCGAGAGCUGCUGAGAGAGGAGCUGCAGGUUCUCAGUGACAAUCUGAAGACCAAGUUUGUGACCUUGGAAAACCAUGAGGAGGUAAAGAGGUCGAUGGGUCUGGCUGUGGAGGAGUUGCAGGUCAGGUUGACGGAAGAGAUGGAGAAGAACAAACGAGCAGAUGAGCAACUGCGGCGGCUGCAGGAGGAGAAGUCGUCUCUCUGCGAGGACGUUUCCAACCUGAGAAGCACGCACAUCCCCUGUGAACAGUAUGAGAGGGAGAUGGCUGCACUUUUGGCACGUAACGCAGAACUGGAGAGUGAAUUAAAGAGCAUUUGUGAUCAAUACCAGGAGAAAGAAAAUGAACUUGAGAUUGUGGUGGCUGAAAAUGCAUCAUUGAAGGAAAGCUUUGACUUGGAGUUUGUCACAAAGGGCGAAUAUGAGAGAGUCCAGGCAGAGUUGAGGGAAUCGUUGGAGAAAGCAAAGAUCGAAACUGCAAAGUUAGAGAAAGAUUGUAGAGCUCGAGAUGAGGAGAUGCAGAAGGUGAGAGAAGGAAACGCUAAGUUGAAAAAGGAGUUUGAGAAUGUGCAAGCAAAGCUAGAAAAAGACUAUAUCAGCCUUGUGGAACAUGAGGUAUUCAAAAGCAAAAUGAACGAUGCUUUAUCGGAAGCAGAGAGUAGAGCUAAAGAUUCCUACUCAAAAUACCAAUCUUCCCAAGAGAGUGCCUCAAAGCUCCAAGAGGAACUGGAAGCGCAAAAGAAAGAGUUGGAUACUAUUCAAGAGGCUUUUAAGUCGAAGUUUGUGCCGUUGGCUGCACUAGAGGAAAAAGAGAUGAACUAUAACAUCACUUUGAAGGACGUGAACGAUAAACUUGCUACAAUGCAGGAGAUGUACAACAAUGAAAAGACCAAAGGGGAAUUUCAGGUGCAAGAGAUUGAGAAAUUGAGUAAUGAGAUGGCGACUCUGCAGCAGACACUUCAAACAGGACUUGUGUCCAAUGAGAAGUUCAAAGAAGCAGAGGAUCGAUACAAGGGCCAGGUGGAGGAGCUUAGUUUGAAGUUGGUGGAAUUGGAGCAGCAAUAUAAAGAGGUUACAAUCCAGCGAGCAGAGCUAGAAGAACAAAAUUCUUUGUGCAACAUGGAGAUCUCCAGCCUCCAGAACAGACUAAACAGUGAAUAUAUCCAUCUGGAGCAGUUUGAGGCUAUGCAGAGCUCUCUGACCAAGAGCCUGCAGGAGGCACAACAGGAGUGUGAGCGCUUAAGUGAAUCUCGCAGACUGGAAGUCCAGCGUGUUCAAGAGCUAGAACAGCAGCUCCAGAGUCACAGCCGUGAUGAUGGCCUAAAGGCCCAAUACAUCCAAGCUAAGGAGGCUCUGGAGCUCGAAGUCAAUGAGCUUCGCUUAGCAUUGCGGGAAGAGGAGGAAACCAGUGCGCAGAGGGCUGAGGACGUAGCCACCUUGCAAACUGAGCUCCUUAGAGCCACGCAGGCCCUGAAUGACCUCCGCAGCCACGAAGAACAGGUGACCGAGCUCAGAGCUGAAAAGCACAGGCUUGAAGAAGAGGUUCGUGAACUUGGCGAUAGGCUUUCAGGGCUGGAUGAGCAGUACGAAGAUCUGUACAGGCAAACGACCCAGGCCAGAGAAGGUGAGGAGAGAGCGAGAGCAGAAACCGAGGCCUUGCAGGUAAAGAGCGCCUCCAUUGAGAAGGAAAUCAGAGAUCUGAAGGAGCGCUAUGAAGAAUCACUGGGAACCAUUGGAGAACUCCAAAAGAGGAUUCAGAUGUCCUCAGAGCAGACCGAGCUCAAAGACAAAAGGAUCACAGAGCUGUUGACGGAUGUUGAAAGGCUGAAGCAGGCUCUGAAUGGCUUAUCCCAGCUGGCUUAUGCUGGCAACACGCCCAACAAAAGACAGACCCAACACAUCGACACACUCCAAGCCCAGGUCAAGAGCCUCCAGCAGCAGCUGGCUGAUGCUGAGAGGCAACACAGAGAAGUGGUUUCAAUUUAUCGAACUCAUCUUCUCAGUGCAGCGCAGGGUCACAUGGAUGAAGAUGUCCAAGCUGCCUUACUGCAGAUCAUCCGAAUGAGACAGGGAUUUGUGUGUUGAACUGAACGCAUUGAGACUACACUGACUCCAAUUCAUCAUUCACACAGUAACCUUUUGUUCAGCUCAGGAAUACUUCGGUCACAUUUACAGUGUCUUUGGAAGAGUUUAGAUGCACACAGCACUGAAUCGAAUCGAGACAAACAAAGUGUCAUUUUGAUAAACUGAUUAAAACAAGGCAAGGGGUUUCUCAUCGUUGAUGAUAUCACACAUAAACAUGUUGAAUUACCGACGUCUGCCAUAGCUAUGUACUGUAGAGUGGUCUGACUGUAGGCUGAAAAGAGUUUAAGUGACACUCCGUUAUAUACUGCAGGUGUAAACUUGCACAUUCAGUGAUGGAGACCCAUUUACUUGUAUUUCAUGUUGAAAUAACCUAGCUGCAGUCUUCUGAAGAAGAACAUUUCCUCCACUCUUACAGCCUCCCCUGUUUAUUAGCCUGAGCUACGUGUGCAUUGUAUUAAUGGGGGACAUAUCCAUUUGAAGCUUUCACAUAUGGAAAUGACCAUCUUUACCGUUUCAUUUUAGCUCGGGGAAAUUUCAAGGAAUAGUUUACCCAAAAAUGAAAACCAUUGUUAUUGCCUUCAUGUUGUUCCAAACCUGGAUGAUUGAUACAGAUACAGAAGACAUUCUGGUUGUCAUACUUUUCAGGUCGAAUAAAAGUAAAUGAGCACUGUCAAACUGCGAACUUCCAAAAAGCACCAUAAGCGCCUCAUUAUAGUUGUCCAUACUACUGGUUCACUAUAGCCGUAAAAUAGAUUUGAGUGACAAGCAUACCAAAAUUUAAGUUGUUAUAUACGGAUAAUCUUCCAGUUAAGUGGCCUAUUAUCUGACUGGAUCAGUGUAGUUGUUGUUUGUUCAUAAAUCUAGAGCUCUGAAAUGUAGGUCUGAUCCUCACACAGAGCUUUAGAAAACUUGGAAAUAUAACGCUUGACUUUAACAUACAUUACAUUCAGUAUGACAUGACUUUCUUGCCAGUUUAGAUCUUGAAAGCUUGUUCAAUUUCUUUAUACCAGCCACUAUUUCUAAAUUUAUUUAAAAAAUUGUAUCCCAAGCAGAAAGGUCAAACGGGUUUGGAAGAGGAUGAGGGAUGAGUUUUUGGCUAAACUAUUUCUUUAUGGCUUUAUUGGACUGCUGGGCACACGGGCAGUUCCUGGGCCAAAUAAGUUUUAUUAAAUGUCAGGAAUUCUUUUCAUAGUGAUUAAAUGAGUUAAAUAGUGUGCGUUAUAACACUAACGUUCAUUACAUGGAUGUAAUAUGCACAUGUAGAGUACAUGUUACCUUAGAGUUACUUUAGUUACCUGUUUCGAGAAAGGUCCCACAAUUUUUAUGGUCCAAGGUCAUUGUGAAAGAUCAUAAGAAACCUUUACUGCUUUCUUAAAUCUUACAUUUACCUACAUAUUGUGCUCUAACACAGUUUUACUUGGACCCGUGUCCAUACACAUGAUGUGUUUCAGAUGUAUUUGAGUCAGUUGGUUUUGUGUUAUUGCUUUGCUUCUGCAGUGGAAACGACACAAACAUAUCAACUGCAUUGGCAAAACGGUUAACAUGGACAGCAAUGAGAGAGAGAGUGUUAAGAAAGUCUUCAUUGUUUUAUAUCCUGGCUGAUAUUGCCAUCUAGUGGUGUGACUUGGCUGGCCAAGUUUGAUGUGUGGUUUUGUGUAGGAGAAUGUGAUGCAUUUAAAUGAUCUUUCAAAAUCUGAUCUGUAAUUGUUUUUUUCAUGACUUUGUACUACAUUGAGGUAUCUUACAAAAUUCAGCAGGACUGGAGCAGAGUGGCACAAUAAAAUUUGUUCAAGUUUCAGAACACGACUAUAGGCCGACUUUAUAUUAUAUUUUUGUAGAUCUGAUUUUUUUUCUUUUCCUUAUCUAAACUUUUCAUUUUAAGACACUUGUAUUCUUUUGAGUUCCUAAUCGGAGAUUCUCAAUAGCACUUGCUUAACAUCCAACCACAUGGCAUUGCCAGUAUCGAGUUUGAUUUGGUAACUAAUGAUAUCGGUUCUCUUUGUCUGGGACAACUAAUUGUUAUGGUUUUAUUAUUUAUUAGUAUUACGUUCUAACUGUGCUCUAAUGAUUAUCAGUUAGUUUGUGUUUUUUUUUCUUGUUGUUUUGCAAACUUUUGAGUCUAACAUCAAUAAAAUUUCCUCUUUCAGA